AUGAUGCAGCAGCCACAGCUGGUGCUGGUGGUGCUGAUGCUGAAGGCGCUGAUGACGCUGUGGCAGCCACUGCUGCUGCUGGUGCUGUAUCCGCUGCUGAUGAUGAUGCUGGUGGACGUGUUGAGUUCUUUUGAGGCGGUGGAGUUUGACGACCUACUGACCCGCAUUGGCGCAAGGAUCACCUACCAGGACACCAACUACAGGCGCUCUAUUCCAGCUGAAGAGCGCCUGUCCAUCUGUCUGCGGUUUCUUGCCACUGGGGACUCCUACAGGACCAUUGCGGGGAGCUUCAGAGCGGGCAUAUCCACCGUCUCCAUGCUCAUCCCAGAUGUGGUGGCAGCCAUCUGGGACUGCCUCGUGGAGGAGUUCAUGGCUGUGCCUGGAGCAGAGGAGUGGAGGUAA